AUGGCACCUGUAGUAGGGGUGAUUGACGGUGCAAACACAAAAUUAUCAGCAUUCAAACGCCCUCUAUUCAAAGCAGACGGAAGGAGAUCUUUGAUAGGGAGUUUAGGAGUGAGAAGUGGAAGAAUUUCCUCCACCAUUAACGCGUCGACACAAACAAUUGAUUACCUAGCCACCCCUCCUGACAGUAAACAGAAUCGUGUGGAAGCUUCUAGUUCUAGCAAAAACCAAUUGACGAACUCCAGACCCCUUCAUGACGAAAUUGACUUAACCUCUCCAGUGACGAUAGUUUCUACUCCUUUCAUCUCUCAUAACGAAGAGGGAAUAGGUGAAAACUUCAGCAAAUUUCGAGGAAUAAUCUCUCACUCUAAUGAAUCUGAAGAUAUGCCAGAAGGUGGCUUAACUGGUGGAGUGGAUACUAAUGCAAUUCCCAUCAACGAUUCUAAGGCUCCUUCGGGUUUUAUCAAAGGUGAAAAUGACAAUCUAUUGCAUGCGGGAGCAGUUGAUUUCAAUCCUGCAUUGCCAUAUUGUAAACACCAGAGAAGGGAAGAUGGUAAAAAACCGGGAGAAAUGGAUGUUCAUUUUUUUGGAUCUGAGCACAGCAACAUUCCUGGUGUAGAUCUGGAUAAAAGCCUCUCCAGUCAUUUGCCUACUGGUUCUCAGACUCCGCCAUCUCAUGAAAGGGAAGUGAAUGAGGCGACCAUGGCAAUCAUCACCAAGGAUGAAAGUGUCUUAGGACAGUCACAUUCCCACGCAAAUGAAGUCGCAGUCAACCCAGCAUCUAGGGGCUUAUUUUCCUCCUCUGAAGAGAAUGAGGCCAUGGAAACCAACGAGUUGGCUCUCACUGGUGGAGUGGAAACUCCCACCAGUUCAUCGAAGAAACCGAAGAAGGUCCUCGAACGUGUCCUGAGGGAAAUGAGAGAUAGUGAGGGCAAUACCUUCUUCAGGGUUAAAUGGCAAGGUACUAGAACUCCUGAAAAGUUGAGUGAAGUCGAGAUGACGGAGUAUGCACUUGGCGCCUUUAAAUACUACCGAAAACGUAUUUCAGAGCUGAAGAGAUUACUAGGCAGAAAUAAAGAAUGA